UGUAGGUUGUUUGCUUCGAGAAGUAGUUGGUUGGUCUUCGGUCGCUCUCUGUCGAUCCAGAAUGCUUGCUUCUCGCAGCUAUCGGGUUCACAUUGCGGGAGACUCCGAUACACGGAGCUCAAAGGUCCACCCCAACGCUCAACUUUCAUUUAAAACCCCUAUCAAACCAAAUAAUGGAAAGUCGGUUGGUUUUGGGACUGUCACUCGCACGAAUCUUAAAGAGAACGCGACCAAUCAUCGCCCACCCAGGACUGGUGGAAAGUCGAAUGUAUUUCCUAUGACUCCAGGGCUUAAAGAGCCACCACAAUCACUGCACCAAAACACGCUCAAAACCAAUAACAACGCCACAUUGAAAACCCAACACCAGAACACCACGAAAUCAUCGCGUUUGUUGAAUCUUACGAACAAUACACCAUACCCUUCUCGGUUGCUGCCUGUAUCACCUCUGGGCGGGACGGCCUCUCCAAUCAAGAUCCCCGCUCUUCUCACUACUGAUGGAUCGAUUUUGAAGGCAUCAGAAAGUACUAUUCCGCCCAGUCGUUCACGCCACAGUGCACGAUUGCCACGCCUUUCUGAUCAGAAUCAAGCUUUCCAGACUCCAGCACCGGAUGGAAGACGGGGGUUCUGGGAACACAGCAGUGAGGAUAUUAGUGCUGAAUCCACCAGUCUUAUGGGUGAUGGAUCGUCUCUUAUGGCCGGAGCCGAGUUUGAGGGUGAUGACGAAGUUGAAUAUAUGCCUCCUCCCGUUGAACCACUUCCCUUUGAUCCAGGAUUUGAUCUACCUGACUUCAAAGCACUUGGAGAGAGCUUGUGGAAGAUUGGCAACAUUGCUCAGUUCAACGCGUUCGACUAUGUGAAGCCUACCCAACCUCCUUUCGAGCUGGAAACUACUGGUAUGGACGAGAUGGAUGAGUUGAUACCAAAGUACCGUCUUCCUGAAGGAGGUGAUCAAGAGGAUUCAAUUGCGGCUCUUGCUCAGCUAUCGAGCUACCCGAUGCCGGAACACGCAUCCAAGGGUGAAUCAUCUCGUACAACCCCUGCCUCUGGUUCACGGGCGCUUGGCGCAGGUCGCUCUACAACCAACGCUCAGUCCAGUGCCUCGGCUGCGUCAAAGAAAAUCAGGUCACUUGCAUCUCACCAGAAAACGACACAGAUCCCAACAACUUCCCUCACAUCCUCACGCGCUACUACCGCUUCUCAAAGACAAACUCGUUCCAUGUCCGCUGCUGCAAAUUCAGGGACUGCGAUCCAGCCAGCACGUGUAACCCGAGGGGCAUCUCGUCCAGCCACUAUAACUGCAGUGAAGACCGGUUCCUCGACAAGCGCACCUCGUGGGAGGACUGCCGCUGUGCAGCCCAAGUCCAAGAUGGAGAAAGGAGCAGUGACUCGAACGAAAACGCAGGCUCGAAGGAACUUUAACCUGGAAGACAUAGUUCCUGACCUCAUGCAACCACAAGCAUGGAUUUGUGACGAUCCCUCCUUUCAAUUAUUGGACUGAAACGUACUUCGCUUGAUGAACUUUUAUAUCAUUUCGUAUCACACUUCCGUACAUAAUCAGCGCUUCUCCAUG